AUGGCGGACGAACUUGAUUAUCUACAGCCAGACUUCGAUCUGAACUCCCUCACUGUGCCCCGCUUACGCUCUAUCCUCGUCAGUCACGACGUGCCCUAUCCAGCCUCUGCGAAAAAGGCGCAGUUGGUCCGCAUUCUGGAAGAUGAGGUGCUCCCCCAGGCGAGGAAACUUCUGCGUGACCGUGAGAGGGUAAGGAGAACGAGUGCAGGCAUUACGGAUAUGAGCCGGGAAAACUCUGUCACUCGCGACGAAGAUGACCGCGAUUCGUUGCACCCACCACCCACUCCAUCCACAACAGGAACCAGGCGAGGUACCUCACGACGAAGCGUCCGCGGAUCGACCGUGGAAACGGAUGGAGGUUACGCUCCGGCUACGCCUGCGACUGCGAAGCGCAAGACCGCUGCGCGGUCGGUGGGCAAGCACCCCCGUGCUUCGGAUACAGAAACUGGUGACGAUGCAAUGGCGACGCCGGUCCCUGCGGUCGGCGCUUCGCCUCGCAAGUCUACUGCGCGGAAGCUUCGGCGGAGCUCUGUUCUGCCUUCGACCGAGGUGGAUGAGUACACGCCGUCUGUCAAGACUGAGCCUAGGGAAGAUAGUGUCUUCACGGACGAGAACCCUUUCCAAAGUGGCAGUCCUUCAGAGGUUAUGAGUAGCCGGCGAACUCCUAGUCAUGAUGGAAAGCGGAAGAGUGGUGGACGACUAUCUUCGGAGAGCCCUGCUAUUAGGAAUAGCUUGCGAUCCCGCAAGUCGGUUACGCCUAGUGCGAUCAAGCAAGAAGAUGGCUAUUAUGCUCCUUCAAGGGAGUCUUUCGACUUUGCAUCACGCCUCAGACCUACCAAGGAGGAGCCCGAGGAGGAAUCUGAAGAGGAAUCUGAGGAGGAAUCGGAAGAUGAGAGUGAGCUCAUUGCCGGCGAGGAGUUUACUCCGGAGGAGCAACUAGCGCUAGAGAGUGAGCAGUAUGCGCCAUUGAUUCAGGUUCGAAAACGGCCGAAGAAGCAGAGCUCGAUUAGUAUCAUGGCGUCGUGGUUUGUUAUUCUCUCGGUGCUGGGUAGUUUCGGCGCCUGGUGGCGCAAAGAGAAGAUUGAGAUCGGUUACUGCGGUCUUGGAAAGCCUACAUGGUCUCUGGCAGAGACUAAUGUGCCGGAAUGGGCCAAUGUCCUUGAACCUCGCUGCGAGCCCUGCCCGCCUCAUGCGUUCUGCUAUCCCGACUUUGAAGCUCGUUGUGAGCACGAUUUCAUCCUCAAGCCUCAUCCUCUGUCUCUGGGCGGUCUUGUCCCUCUCCCGCCGACUUGUGAACCGGAUAGCGAAAAGGCGCGUCGUGUCAAAGCUGUUGCAGACAAGGCCGUUGAGGAGCUUCGCGAGCGGAGGGCCAGAUACGAAUGUGGCGAGUUGAAUGAGGAUGGCAAGCCUACUUCUCCCGAGAUCCCAGAGCCGAAGUUGAAGGAAGAAGUUGCGAAGAAGCGGCGCAAGGGUCUCACCGAGUCCGAGUUUGAUGACCUCUGGAAGGGCGCUCUUGGUGAGAUUAUCGACAAGGACGAAGUUGUGAGCAACUCCAAGCAACCUUCCGCCGUCCUCGUCCUCAGCUCAACAUCAACCGCCCGACUCCCACUCAGUUGCGCCGCCCGCCGUUACGUCCGACUGGCUCUCCUCGCGUAUCGACUCCCUCUUUCACUUCUAGUACUGACAGCUUGUGCUCUGGCUUAUGCCCGCGCUCGGGUUCGCGCCCGUCGCUCUGAUAUCGCCCGCGUGCCAGAGUUGGUCGCUACCACACUUGACCGACUUGCGACGCAGGCUGCGCUGCAUGCCCGUGGCGGUGCGAGAGAGCCUUACAUUCCAAUUGGCCAGCUGCGCGAUGACGUCCUGCGCUCCGAGUUGCACGGAAAGCGCCGUGAAGAACUGUGGCACCGUGUCCGCCGCGUCGUUGAAGGCAACGCUAAUGUGCGUGCUGCCGUUCGCGAGGGACGCAGCGGCGAUGUCGCCCGCUGCUGGGAGUGGAUUGGCGGCAUUGGCAGUGUCAACACCCCUGCUGGCAGCAGCGAGCUUGACAGCAGUACCCGCCGUGACAGUGGACGGUUUUCCCUGCCGUCACCCUCUGACAACGUGGACGUGGAUCAACAUCAGAUGAUCCCCGAGAGCAAGGAUGAUCAUGCGACGAGUCCUAGACAAUCCCGCCGUUGGGAUGAAGGCCGACCGAUCUAUUAA